AUGAGUACUCGAACGGGGUCACACCAGCUGAGCAGUGGCUUGUACGUUUCGGGUCGACCCGAACAGCUCAAGGAACGCCAACCCACAAUGGCGUCGCGUGCUGUUCCGUACACCGGAGGCGACGUGAAGAAGUCCGGCGAGCUCGGGAAAAUGUACGGCAUCGGCAUGGACCACGGCUCCUCUGUGCCUGUGGGCCCACCUCCACUGAAACCCUCACGGCCGUCGUCAUCAUCGCAGCACAGCAGUGGAUCUGUCAGAUCCGGCCCAAACUCCGGCCAAGUCGGAUCCAAAUCGUCAAACUCUGGUCCGAUCCCCAAGAAAUCAUCCUCCUCCUCUGGACCCUUGACGCCACUCCAGCCCACCGGAUUAAUCACCUCCGGCCCGUUGAGCUCGUCGGCGGGACGCCGGUCUGGUCAAUUAGAGUCGUCCAAUUCCAAUUCAAUGAAAAAGGUCAUAUAUGGGUCCGCAGUGACAAGCUUGAGUGAAGAUGUAAAACUCGGGUUUAAGCUGUCGAAGCUUGCAAUGUGGGUGUUUUUUGUGGUGGUUGUGAUGGGUUUGGUGGUCGGAGCGUUUCUGACGGUGGCGGUGAAGAAGGUGGUGAUUUUGGUUGCGGUGGCGGCCAUUUUGGCGCCGGUGGUGGUGGGAAUUCUGUGGAAUUAUGGUUGGAAAAGGAAGGGUUUGUUAGGAUUUCUGAAGAGGUACCCUGAUGCUGAGCUUAGAGGUGCCAUUGAUGGACAGUACGUCAAGGUCACGGGGUGGUCGGUGUUAAUUGAAUUCUCUUAUUAUGGUAUUCUGUGGAAUUUGUUUGGUCCACCAUUUGGACCCUUCAGGCUACCAGAGAAUUCUAUUACUGUGGUAGUUGUGGGAUUUAUUUGAUUAACCUUUUUGACCCGUAAGCCCAACUUAGGCAUGUUUUAAUGCAAAUUAGUUUUUGUUUUUUGAGCUUAAUGGCAUGGAAUUGUUUUGGAUCAUGUCGAAUAAGGAAACUUAUUGUGGGUUUUGAUCUUUCAAGCACAAGUUUUUGGUGGCAUCUGCACGAUAGGACGGGUUAUAUAAGAUACCUAAAUAUUGCUUCUGUGUGGGUUAAAGGAUAGAAUUUUAUCAGUCAGCUUUUAAUUUGGUGGAAUGUGAGCUGAAUUGCAUUCUUUGCCGGGAAGAGAGUCUUUAUGACAAUUUUUUUCAUCCU